AUGACUCUGGUAAAAUCAGAGCACAGUAGCAAACAAAGCAGAGAAAAGGCAACAGAAAGUGGUAUAACCACCUUCAGCAAUUUUGCAGAAUUGAGGAAAAGUAUUACAUUAAAGGAACAAGAAAUUAAUGAUAGAAGAAGUAGUUUAAAAAUUCAUCGCGAUAGUGAUAAUGACCUGACCCAUAACCAUUACAAGAAAAGCGAACACAACAGAGAAAAUACUAGUGUACACAACAGAGAAAAUGGUAGUGUACACAACAGAGAAAAUGGUAGUGUACACAACAGAGAAAAUGGUAGUGUACACAACAGCGAAAAUACCAAUGAACACAACAAAUUUGUCUACAGAUCGUUUGACAAAUUUUAUAAAUGUAAAAAUUAUUGUGAAGAAUACAAAACCAAGGUAAAGAAUGAAACUCUGCAAUCAAUGAGUGAGUGCACCAGUAAAAACGAGAGUGACCCAGGUGGAAAAUAUAAAGAUAUUUCUAUUUCUAAUAAAGCUACUAUCAGUACGAUAGUAAGUAAUGAAAACACUAUUAGCAGCAGUAAAAGCAGUACAAUACCCACUGCGGAAAAUGAAAAAAGUAGUGAUAAAUACUGCUACAUAAAAUUCAAGAAAGAAAGACAAGGUACGGUUAAACAACUAAAGGAAUAUUUCCAAAAAAUCCAAGAUGAAAAAUUACAAAAACGAAAUAAUAAUUUAUUUUAUAAAAAUAAUCAAAAGUUCAAUAACACCAUUAGAGAAAAGAACUGUGCCAAUUUUUUUAAAAGCAAAGACACUACUUUAGAAAAAAUAGACAACUACAAAAAAGAGUUUAUUUGUGAAUAUAUCAAAUAUGAAAAUGAAUUAAUGAUAAAUAAUGGAUAUAAUAAUUGUGAGUGUGAGCUUGGUGUGCAAACAACACAUGACAAAUACGUGGAAGAUGGAGCCCUUAUUACUACUGAUGAGGGGAAAGAGAAACAAAAAGGUAUUAGCAGUAUUAGCCGCGUUAGUGAUAUGCGUGAGGUAAGCCGACACAACGAACUUACCGGGACCGGACAAAUAAACCAACUAAGUGCAAAAAUUGAAAACAUGAAAACAGAAGAGAAAGAAUUGUUACACAGCUUAAUCAGUGAAAUGAAAAAGAGUCUUUGUAAUGAUGAAGACGAAGGGCACAUUUCUAAUUCAGUAGAACAAUUAGAAGAUUCUGAAAGGAGGAGAUAUAUGAUUACAAGGAUACUUGACAUACUAAAAAUAUACGAUGGGAAAAUGCCAUCAGAAGAAGGGAUGCCAAAGUGUUCACAUGCGUGUGCACAUUUUUUUCAAUUAGAACAAAACAAAAUGGGGAAAAAGGGAAAAGAGGGCGAAAUGGUUGAAAUGGUUGAAAAAGACCAAAUGAACGAAAAAGACGCAAAAAAUGAAAGCUGCAUAAUUCCUAAGGAUUUCGAAUCAUUACAACAAGGGCAUAUCAUCGAACAAAUGAAGGAAGAAAAAAACGAAAUAGACAAAGUCAUAAGCACACAAAAUAAAGAAGUAAGUGCAUGUAAUGCUCCUCUAAAUAAGUUAAAAGAAAGCAGCGCUUACCACGCCAAAAUUAAGACUACUAGUGAACAUUGUGAUACAAUAAGUAGUAAUGAAAGGGACAGUGAAAUAGCAAUGAACAACUGUAGCUACAUAAAUACGAACAUAAAAAACUAUGAAAACGUUGUAGAGAAACAUUCAGAGGGGAAGAACACAUGUAAAGGUAAUGCAGAAACUAAUAUUAGUAUAAAAAAUCAUACAGAAACAGCUAACUGUCACAAUAUUAAUAAUACAUAUCAAAAUAAAAAGAGAUUUAGUAAAAAAAUUGCUAAAGAUAAUAGAAUAAAAAAGGACAGUGUAAAUAACGCCAGUAAAUUUGAAUGGUUCUACUCUACCUUGGACGAUAUACAUAAAGGAAAAAUAAGAGUAAAUGGAGUAAAGGACGAUUUGAUGGAAUAUUUGAAGGAUGACUUGACGGAUAACAUAAACGGUGGGGGAAAAGAAUAUUCAAGUGAAGAUAGCGAAAACAAUGAUUUAUUUCUCUGGUUAGAAAAUAGAGAUGUUCAAAAUGUUCUAAAGGGGGAAAAAAAAAUUGUUGACGAAGGAGUACCAUAA